CACAGUUCACACUUCACAUUAUUUACAUUCGUUUUUCGUUUAAAUCCUCAGAGUAUUUCCUAUUGUUAUUUCUUAUAAACGUAGUAUUUACCAUUGGUAUUUACAUGUUUCUAUAUGUCAAUUAUUUGCCUGCUUGGUACUUCAAAAAAAGAGUAUAAAAUGUAAUUUUUACUUGCAAAAAUGUCGAGUGCUUUCGUAAACUAUACGAGCUUUAUGCGACAAGCUCUCCAUAAGUUGAUACCAUCAUCCAUUAUUGGUGAAGUAGCCUGUUUUGUGUUCUACGAUAACCAUCCGAGAGACGAGAGGUGCCUGGACGUAACCAUUUGUACCAAUAGUGGCGAGGUGCUUGAGUAUUAUCAACGUGAAUUAAUUUCUUCACUUCUAGUGGAAAAUACAGGCGAAGUCAAGGAAAUAAAAAUUUUACGAAAUAGUAAAUGUGAACUUUUUUAUUUACUAAAGACAUGGGAUGAGAUAGUCAUUUUAUCGAGAAAUGAGAAUCUUCAGGUACAUAAGAGAGUUUCCAACAUUGAAUCAUAUAAAGUAGAAGAUUUAGAAUGCACAGGUCAGGCUAGCUUGAAAAUAAUUCAGAAGAAUGAUGCAAUACCGUUAGUGUUUGAUGACAAUUUCAAUAAUUUAACCCAGAAACAGAUAGAAUCGAGCAAUGCAAAGUCAGAAGAAUUGUUGCCCAUCGUCAAACAACUUAUGAAUAAAUUGACACAAGCAAAGUAUACGACAAAUCACAAUGAGCAGAAAUAUAAAGAGUAUGUCAAUAUGAGGCAAACGGCAGCAUUUUCUCUGUUCCAGAAGACAACUUUUAAAUCAGAAGAUUCUGUUCCUAAACUUUGUUUGAAUCAGAUUUCCAACUUGCUGCAAGUAACUGUGAAACCUCCAAUUGUAAAGAUGUGCAAUGAAAAAGUUGUUAUUGUAAUAAGCUUGAAAAAUAAUAAUAAUGUGCCCUUAAAAGAAGUAUGUGUUCUUCUCAAUAGUGAUUCAAAGCAAUCGGUAGAGAACAAUACAAAAGUUUUUGAAACUAUUUCCAAACCACCACAUUGGAAGGAAAGAGAUGCAGAAAUUAGUAGUUACAAUGAAUCUACAGUUGUAGCUACUGUCGACUUGAAAGAACUCCAGUUUGAUACAGCGAGCAGAAUAGAAUUUGAGAUUGCCCUAUCUUAUACCAAAAGUGGGAAGAUUCAAAUACAGCCGAUCGAGAGUGUUUCAAUAUCGCCAUUGGAUGUAAUGGGGGAGAAUUCUGAUGUUUUGUCCUGCAGUGACAUUGAUCCCACAUAUUUGGUGCUAUCGAUUCUCGCUACGUCAGAAUGCUUUGAUCUGCGCCUCAGGCACAUAACAAAACAAGAUGAUAAUGUGGUAACACUAUCGGACAUAUUUCACACGUAUUUGAAAAUGGAAAAGUGCCUGGAUAAUGUUGCCAUACAUAAGAUUAAACCAUUCCACAAACUUUACGGGGUUAUGGCUGUUUUUAAUGACAAUAUCCAGGGCACCAAUAUAAUGAAUGUUCAAGUUUAUACAAGGUUUCCAUCUCAAGUAUUGGCUUUAAUGCAUUACAUGUAUGACGUAGUACCACACAGAAUUAUUGCUACUACAUCAGACUACAGAAUAUGCGAAAUUAGCAAUGACUUGUCAAAUUACAAUGAAAAAUCUCAAACCACUGAGGAAAUCAAUUACAAGGGUUGUGCUUCGGCAAUUAUGAAUCAGACAAAGUUGAUAAAGGAAUUUAUUGAUGAAUGCACUGUAAAAAUGAGUGAGGAUAGAAAUCCAGAGAUCCAGGAAAAAGUUGGUACGGAGGUUGACUUGAUGGCUUUGGGAGUGCCGAAAUAUUUAGAAUUUAGAAACAAAAUACUGGAAGAGAGUUUGAAAGGAAUCAAGAGUAUAUCGUUGCAUGAAGAUCAGCCGUCAUUUGAUGAUGAUUUGGAUUGCAUGAUUAUUGAUGAUUGAAAAAAUAGUAAGUAAAAGCAAGUUGCGACAGUGCGGCAUGCUACUAAUGGAAACAUUAAAGCAGCAGCGCACGGGCGACUAGUCGCCCGGCAACUCAGUUGACAGCGACCGUAAGAAUCUGUAAUUUAUAUGGAAGUCGCCGUGAUCAUGCGCACGGAGUCGCCGCAGCUCCGUGCGUAUAGACUCUGCAACUUCUAUACAAAUCACAGAUUCUAACGGUCGCCGUCCUAGUCGACCGUGCCUAAUGGGUCUCUGAGAUCUAAAGAGCGCACUUUGCCUUUGCUCAGACUUAAGACAAUUAUGGCCGAUUCACACCAAUCGCGAAUGCGCGCGUAUACGUGACACAUGCGUAGUGCGAGUGAACCCAUAGGCGUAACUGCACGCAUUACGUCUACGUGAACGUUCACGCCACGCAAGCGGUAUGCCAUGUUUCAUACAGUUCCGUGUAUUACAACGUAAUGGUACUCGCUACGUCUACGCUUACGCAACGCUUACGUAGCCUGUG